AUGUCGAACGCACCAGGAGCAAGCACAGCCGAGUUCGGCCAGCCAUUGAGAAAGUUCAAGCUGGUCUUCUUAGGCGAGCAAUCGGUUGGCAAAACCUCACUCAUCACACGCUUCAUGUACGACACAUUCGACAACACCUACCAAGCGACCAUCGGCAUCGAUUUCCUCUCCAAAACCAUGUAUCUCGAAGACAGAACCGUCAGAUUGCAGCUCUGGGAUACAGCAGGACAGGAGCGAUUCCGAUCCUUGAUCCCAUCCUAUAUUCGAGAUUCCUCUGUUGCUGUGGUGGUUUAUGAUAUCACCAACCGAGCAUCAUUCCAAAACACCUCAAAAUGGGUCGACGAUGUGCGAGCAGAGCGUGGCAACGAUGUGAUUAUCGUCUUGGUUGGUAACAAGACUGAUUUGAGCGAUAAGAGACAAGUUACAACGGACGAAGCAGAAAAGAAAGCUCAGGAAUUCAACGUCAUGUUCAUCGAAACUUCGGCCAAAGCGGGACAUAAUGUCAAGGUCUUAUUCAAAAAGAUCGCCCAAGCGUUGCCAGGGAUGGAUAAGGAUUCGGAUGUUGCCAAUGCUGGCCCUACUGCCAACAAGAAUAUCGACGUAACCGCGCCACCAGCACAAACGACAAUGCAUGACGGAUCGUCUUGCAAGUGCUGA